UCUCAUGUGUGGGUUGAGGACCCUGAAUCAGCUUGGAUUGAUGGCCAAGUUGUUAAGCUUAAUGGUGAUGAAGCUGAAGUUCAAUCCAGCAAUGGAAAAAAGAUUGUUGCGAAUUUAUCGAAAAUGUACCCGAAAGACAUGGAAGCUCCGGCCGGGGGAGUCGAUGACAUGACGAAGCUUUCGUAUUUGCAUGAGCCUGGUGUUCUGCAGAACUUAGCAUUAAGAUAUGCAAUUAAUGAAAUUUAUACAUACACUGGGAACAUUCUCAUUGCCAUCAAUCCAUUUCAAAGAUUGCCUCAUUUAUAUGAUGCACAUAUGAUGCAACAGUACAAAGGAGCUCCAUUUGGGGAGCUUAGUCCUCAUGUAUUUGCUGUUGCAGAUGUUGCUUAUAGAGCUAUGAUAAAUGAAGGGAAGAGCAAUUCAAUUCUGGUUAGUGGUGAGAGUGGCGCUGGUAAAACUGAAACAACAAAGAUGCUUAUGAGAUAUCUAGCUUAUUUGGGUGGCCGAGCUGGAACCGAAGGUAGAACAGUGGAACAACAAGUUUUAGAAUCUAAUCCAGUGCUUGAGGCAUUUGGCAAUGCUAAAACAGUAAGGAACAAUAACUCAAGUCGGUUUGGUAAAUUCGUCGAGAUACAAUUUGACAAGCAAGGGAGGAUAUCUGGUGCUGCCAUUAGAACUUACCUUCUUGAAAGAUCGAGAGUUUGUCAAAUUUCUGAUCCAGAGCGUAAUUAUCACUGUUUUUAUCUUCUUUGUGCUGCACCACCUGAGGAAAUUGAGAAGUAUAAGUUGGGUAAUCCUAAGUCAUUUCACUAUCUUAAUCAAUCAAAUUGCUAUGAAUUGGUUGGUGUGAGUGAUGCCCAUGAUUAUUUAGCCACAAGAAGAGCUAUGGAUAUUGUCGGAAUCAGUGCACAAGAGCAGGAUGCAAUUUUCAGGGUUGUUGCUGCCAUUCUUCAUCUUGGCAAUGUUGAUUUUGCCAAGGGGAAAGAGAUAGACUCUUCAAUUCCAAAAGACGAUAAAUCCAAGUUCCAUCUCAACAUGGUCGCUGAGCUUCUCAUGUGUGAUUCUGUAGCCUUGGAAGAUGCAUUAUGCAAGCGUGUAAUGGUUACUCCUGAGGAAGUUAUAAAGAGGAGUCUUGAUCCUGAUGCUGCAAAAUUGAGCAGGGAUGGUUUGGCAAAGACGAUAUAUUCUCGCUUGUUUGACUGGUUGGUUGAUAAAAUCAAUGUAUCGAUCGGACAGGACGCUACCUCGAAAUCUCUUAUUGGAGUCCUUGAUAUUUAUGGCUUUGAAAGCUUUAGGACUAACAGUUUUGAGCAGUUUUGUAUCAAUUUCACUAAUGAGAAACUACAACAACAUUUCAACCAGCAUGUCUUUAAAAUGGAACAAGAAGAGUAUACAAAAGAGGAGAUUGAUUGGAGUUACAUUGAAUUUGUCGAUAACCAAGAUGUUCUGGAUCUCAUUGAGAAGAAACCUGGAGGGAUCAUUGCGUUGCUUGAUGAAGCAUGUAUGUUUCCUAAAUCAACACAUGAGACCUUUUCUCAGAAGCUUUAUCAAACAUUCAAAGUUCAUAAGCGCUUCCUUAAGCCUAAACUCUCUCGCACUGACUUUACCAUCUGCCACUAUGCUGGAGAGGUUCAAUAUCAGUCUGAUCAGUUUUUAGAUAAGAACAAGGACUAUGUUGUAGCAGAGCACCAAGAAUUAUUAAUUGCUUCUAAAUGUUCAUUCGUAUCGGGACUUUUCCCUCCUCUUCCUGAGGAGACAACCAAAUCUUCCAAGUUCUCCUCCAUCGGCUCUCGUUUUAAGCUUCAACUGCAACAAUUGAUGGAAACAUUGAAUUCAACAGAGCCACAUUACAUUAGAUGUGUGAAGCCAAACAAUCUUCUAAAGCCUGCUGUAUUUGAGAAUGUCAACAUAAUGCAUCAACUGCGAUGCGGUGGAGUGCUUGAGGCUAUCAGAAUUAGCUGUGCCGGAUACCCAACUCGCCGAACAUUCUAUGAAUUCUUACACAGAUUUAAUAUUCUUGCUCCGGAAGUCCUGGAAGGAAAUUAUGAUGAGAAGGUUGCAUCUAAAAAAAUUAUGGAAAAGAAGGGUUUGAAAGGAUAUCAGGUAAUCCAAAAACUAUUAUUGGUAAAAACAAAAGUUUUUCUGAGAGCUGGCCAGAUGGCUGAGUUAGAUGCAAGGAGAGCUGAAGUACUUAGCAAUGCGGCGAAAACCAUUCAACGUCAGAUAAGAACUCACAUUACUCGGAAACGGUUUGUUGCAUUGAGGAAAGCUACCAUUGUUAUUCAGUCAUUGUGCAGAGGAAGCCUUGCUUGCAAACUUUAUGAGAACAUGAGAAGAGAAGCUGCUGCAAUCAAAAUCGAGAAAAAUCUACGGAAGUAUCAUGCUAAGAAAAAAUACACUAGUUUGAGGGUGUCGGUUCUUGUCUUGCAAAGUGGUUUGCGGGCAAUGACUGCUCGUAAUGAAUUCAGACUUAGGAAACAGACUAAAGCAGCAACUUUGAUUCAGACACCAUAUCGCCGUCAUAGAGCUCAAUCAUAUUACAAGAAGUUAAGAUGGGCUGCAAUUGUAACUCAAUGCAGAUGGAGGGGUAGGCUUGCAAGGAGAGAGCUCAGGAAGCUCAAAAUGGCUGCUAGAGAGACAGGUGCACUCAAAGAAGCCAAGGAUAAGCUCGAGAAAACAGUUGAAGAACUUACAUGGCGUUUGCAGUUAGAAAAGAGAAUGAGGACAGAUUUAGAGGAAUCGAAAGGACAAGAAAUUGCAAAACUGCAGAAUUCCUUGCAAGCUAUGCAGAGUAAAGUGGAUGAAACUAAUGCAUUGCUUGUCAAAGAACGGGAAGCCGCAAGGAAAGCUAUCGAAGAAGCACCUCCAAUUAUCAAAGAAACCACUGUUCUUGUCCAGGAUACCGAAAAGGUUGAAUCACUCACAGCAGAGGUGGAAAACUUGAAGGCAUCACUGCAGUUGGAAAAACAACGGGCUGAUGAUUCUGAAAGAAAAUAUACAGAAGAACAACAAACUAGCGAAGAAAGACAAAAGAAGUUAGAGGAAACAGAAGGCAAAGUGCGCAACCUUCAGGAAUCUGUACAUAGGCUAGAAGAGAAGAUCACAAACUUAGAAUCAGAAAAUAAAGUUCUUCGGCAGCAGGCUGUAUCAAUGGCUCCAAACAAGUUUCUCUCUGGUCGUUCUAAAUCAAUUCUUCAGAGAAGUUCCGAUAGCGGUCAUUUACCAAGUGUUGAUACAAAGACAACUCUGGAUUCUCAGAGUGUCUCAUCACCACAUAGAGAAACUUCUGAAGUAGAAGAUAAACCACAGAAGUCACUCAAUGAGAAACAACAGGAGAAUCAGGACUUGUUGAUCAGGUCCAUUGCACAAGAUCUCGGCUUUUCAGGAAACCGGCCUAUUGCAGCAUGCAUUAUAUACAAAUGCCUUCUUCAGUGGAGGUCGUUUGAAGUAGAACGAACCAGUGUGUUUGAUAGAAUUAUUCAGACAAUAGGACAUGCUAUUGAGACUCAGGAUAACAAUGAUGUUUUAGCUUAUUGGCUUUCGAAUGCUUCGACUUUAUUAUUACUACUGCAACGCACACUAAAGGCUAGUGGUGCUGCUGGCAUGGCUCCACAACGUCGACGCUCAUCAUCUGCAACUCUAUUUGGGAGGAUGACUCAGAGCUUCAGAGGAACUCCACAAGGGGUGAACCUCUCUUUUGUGAACGGGAGUUUGGUUGGCGGAGUAGAUACAUUGCGGCAAGUCGAAGCCAAAUAUCCUGCUUUGCUUUUCAAACAACAACUUACUGCAUAUGUAGAGAAAAUAUAUGGAAUGAUUCGCGAUAAUUUGAAGAAAGAGAUUUCUCCAUUGCUUGGUUUGUGCAUUCAGGCUCCAAGAACAUCAAGAGCUAGUUUAGUCAAAGGAUCAUCGCGGUCUCUUGCAAAUGCUGCAGCUCAGCAGGCUUUGAUUGCUCAUUGGCAAGGGAUUGUCAAAAGCUUAGGGAAUUUCUUGAACACAUUGAAAGCCAACCAUGUGCCUCCAUUUUUGGUUCGGAAAGUAUUCACACAGAUAUUUUCAUUCAUCAAUGUACAACUCUUUAACAGUCUUCUAUUAAGACGGGAAUGUUGCUCGUUUAGUAACGGUGAAUACGUCAAAGCAGGACUAGCCGAGCUCGAGCAUUGGUGUUAUAAAGCAACAGAUGAGUAUGCAGGAUCGGCAUGGGAUGAGCUGAAGCAUAUCAGACAGGCAAUCGGAUUCCUGGUAAUCCAUCAAAAGCCGAAGAAGACACUCGAUGAAAUAAGCCAUGAUCUUUGUCCGGUUCUCAGCAUACAGCAGUUAUACCGCAUCAGUACGAUGUAUUGGGACGACAAGUAUGGCACGCACAGUUUAUCAUCCGAUGUUAUAUCGAAUAUGAGGAUAUUAAUGACUGAAGACUCGAACAAUGCUGUCAGUAAUUCAUUCUUAUUGGACGACGAUUCAAGCAUACCGUUUUCGGUCGAUGACAUAUCAAAGUCAAUGGAGCAAAUUGACAUCUCCGACAUCGAGCCCCCUCCGCUCAUUCGGGAGAACUCGGGCUUUGUAUUCUUAUUGCCGCGAUCCGAGUGAUGAUUUCGGCUUUGCGUUUUUCCACAUUGUUCACUGGAUUGAAGCAGAGUUGAAGAUGGACUUUGUGAAAACUUGCUUAUUGUAUUGAUGUUGUUGUUGUUGUUGUUGUUUAUUAUGAGCUUGUCAGAGUACACAGAUAGAAAUUUCGGACAUUAGGAAUCAAAUUGGUGGGAAAUCAUUUUAACUGAACAUUGAAGUGAUUCAGGA